AGGCCGGGCAGGGCCGAGCCGGGGCGGCGGGGAACCGAGGACAAAGGCUGCGCUGACACGGGAGCCGCGGGCUCUGCGGGGACAGAACCAGUGGGCAGAGCGGGGAGCACUGGGGUGCCACGGCCCCCUUACACCCCCCGACCCCGCGUCCAGCGCCCACGGCCGCCCGCGCGUCGCUGAUGCUGCUGGACACCCGAGACCCGAGCUAGAGGCUGGGCUGCAGGGUGCAGAGCCAUGAAGCUGAACGAGCGGAGCUUGGCCUUUUAUGCCACCUGUGACUCCCCGGCCGACAACGCCGGCUUCCUGUACAAGCGUGGCGAGCGGCACACGGCCUACCAUCGCCGCUGGUUCGUGCUCAAGGGCAACAUGCUCUUCUACUUCGAGGAGAGGGAGAGCCGGGAGCCGGUGGGAGUCAUCGUGCUGGAGGGCUGCAACGUGGAGCUCUGCGACUCGGCCGAGGAAUUCGCCUUCGCCAUCCGCUUCGGCGGUGCCAAAUCUCGCACCUACGUGCUGGCGGCAGAGAGCCAGGCUGCCAUGGAGUCGUGGGUGAAGUCUCUGUCGCGAGCCAGCUUCGACUACAUGCGCCUGGUGGUGAGGGAGCUGGAGAAGCAGCUGGAGGAGAUGCGCUGGGGGCUGGCUGCUGGGUGCGGGGGCUGCCAGGGGCCGCCCGGCUCCUGGAAGCCGAAGCCUUUGGGGCCGGAGCAGUGUCCGGAGCGGCUGCCAGCUCUGCCCGCCGUCCUGCCGAAGGAGAACGGUUGUGCGGUGUGGAACAACGUACCGGGGCUGCAGCGGCCACCCGAUGCCUCUGGCUGCGGCGGGCAGGACAGUGAGGGGCACCCGCAGCCGCCGCCGCUGCCGCCGCGCGGGAGGGCAUCGGGCAGCGAGCCGGGCAGUGCCAGGGCGGCUGCGCCCCAGGGGCCGUCCACCUUCUGCCUGCUCCACGAGCGCUACGGCCGGGAGGUGACCCGGCUGCGGCAGCACUGGCAGGACAGGCGGCGUGGCCCCCGGCCCUGAGAGCUGGCCAAGCCCCAGGGAGCCAGCAGGACCCGGGGCAGGGAGGAGACGAUCAGCCCUGGUGCUGCCUCAGGCACCUCCUCACCCCAGGAUAGGCAGCCCUGUCUGUGGCAGCGAUGGACACCGGGUGAUGGUGCUGCCCCAGUGCCAAAGGGACACAAUUGCUGCUCCAGCCUGGUACUUUAGCAGCUGGACUCAGCUUGAUGCCUGCCAGGCUCUCAGGCAUCUCGUGCCAGGCAGUGGGUGCACCCCUCUGGCUGUGUCAGGUGUGGGUGUGAGCUGGUCCACUCAGCACUUAAGCUACAAACCACUUGCUGGCUCAUGCCUCCUGGCAAUCAGACGCUUCACUGGGUCUGGUGGGGCCUCUUGAUGCUCUUGCAGCAGGAUCGUGCACCGACAAUGAUUUUGGAGGAGAAAUUUGAUGGGAUCUCACCCACCUGAGCCCCUCUGUGGGUGUUUCUUAGCCAGGGAGCUUGCUGCCAUCUUCCUCUCCUGCCUAUCGCAAGCGACUAGCUGAGGCUGGCCGAGCUCUGCCAGAUCCCUUUGCUCCAGCAGGAUGUGGUUUGAGAAUGUAAAUAUCAGCGGGUGCAGACGUUCCGUCCUGGCAGCAGUGCUGUGGCUGCCUGGGCUGCCUGCUGCCAGCCCCAGCUGCUGGGCACAGGGGGGAUGGCUGCCUGCAGCCCGGCCGGCCAGGCCACGGUGGGGGCAAAUGGGACUGCAGGCACUGCCUUGGCAGGAGGAUAUUUUGGUGCCAGGAAUCAUCCCAGGGCCAGCCCCUAAGGGGAAGCAUCGCUAGCAGCAAACAGGAAUGUGUGUGUCAGCAGUGGAGGGUGUCAAAUGAUUCAUGCACCAGAGUGCAGUUGGUGUCUGGUGCUGGUGUUGCUCUUUUCUUUCCCCAACGGUUCAUAUGGACACCGAAGGUGCUGUGCUAGAGGUGGAGAGGCACACGUUGGGUCUGGGGGGAGCAGUCAGGGUGCCCUGGCUGGCUCUGGAUCCUUUGCCCCCCUCUGGACUGGCACAAGAUUUUGCUACAGUAAAUGUUUCAGAAAUUCCCUCCUGGCCUUGGUUCUCAUUUGUGUUUAAAGUCCAUGGGAAGGUGGGGCCCAGGUGGGAAUGAAUCCUUCAUUUUAAUCACCCUCCUGUCCCCACCAUGUCCAUAGGGCUGGGCAGGGGCUGCAUCAACAUGAGACAUGGCUGAUGCCAGGGUCUCACAGUGCCCUGGAGCUGCAGCCCCAGCCCCUGCUCCAGCACAUUCCUCUCGCUCAGGGGGCACAGGAACGUGUCCAGGUGGGGUUGGAAACCUCCUGAGCAGGAACCUCCACACCCUCCCUGGGAAGCCUGGGCCAGGGCUCCCUCACCUCAGCACCAAAGGAGUUUCUCCUUGUGUUUAAGUGGAACUGUUUGUGUUCCAGUUCAUGUCCAUCACCCCUUUUCCUGGCACUGGAUGCUACAGCAAAAAAGUGUCACCCCAUCCUCCUGACACCCACCCUUUACAUACUGAUGAGUGUCAGCGAGGUUCAGCCUCAUGCCAGACGACGCUGGGUUACCUCAGAGAGAAGCAAAGCUUCACCAGAGAUGAGCACAAGACUUUCACAGGGUAGGGUCACAGCCUGAUCUGGAUUAACCCCAUUUAACACCCUCUGUUUCCCCCCCAGUUCUCACGAGAUGUUUAUGGCAGAGAGAGCUCCUGCCACAAACCCAAAGCAAAGGCUGUGACUUCCACGGGAGCCCACAUCAGCCCUGGGCCGGACAAAACACACCCCGAGGCCAGACUCGUAUCCAACUUCUGUAUUUAGUGGCUCUUUACAGAACUUGCUCCUUCCAAAAUUGUUAAAACAAAGUUCAUCGAUCUCAUAGAAACUUUUGAAGUACAGUACAUGAGCCGAACAAAAACGUGAGCGGUGUGUCCCGCUGGCUCCAGCACAACAGGAUUGCCCUGCUCCAGGCUAUCCUGAGUGCUUCCUUCAGUCCCCUUCCACUACAGCUCCCGCUAGCACACCACGGAGAGCAGACAAUGGUCACGCCUCAACCUUCUGCAGCACCACGGUGCCAGGGGAAAGAGUGGCUGUGGGCAAGCUGGGUGGCUGUGGGCAAGCUGGGGUGGCUGUGGGCAAGCUGGGGUGGCUGUGAGCAAGCUGGGGUGGCUGUGGGCAAGCUGGAGUGGCUGUGGGCAAGCUGGGUGGCUGUGGGCAAGCUGGGGUGGCUGUGAGCAAGCUGGGGUGGCUGUGGGCAAGCUGAGUGGCUGUGGGCAAGCUGGGGUGGC